AUGAGACAAAGACAAGACACAGAAUAUUCAGAAAUUCACAAACGAGUGAGAAUUGGUUCUCAGACAAAGUCUGACAUAAGUGUACUCCGAUCGAGUUUGACAAGUGGUAUCAGGGAUCCCAUUGAUGUCAGUCAACCUCCAUUUGUUGAUGCAUUAUGCCUAUUGCCUUUAAAAGAACAAGUAGAAGAUUAUAAUGACAGUAGAUUGAAAGAUUUAUCACGCUUUACUAAAAUAUAUGAUUUUGAUGGAGAGCAUUCAAUAGUAGAGUCAACAACACUAAUCCCUGGUGUAGUAUCACAUGAAGAAGUCCCAGAUUCGCUCAUACCUUCCAGUGAUAAAGAUUGUGCUGGCUUAUCAUGUAAAGUGAAGUUAGCUAUAGGAGCACAGGUUAUGUUACGAUGUAACAUUAUAUGUGAAGAAAGAUUAGUAAAUGGAGCUAGAGGAAUAAUUGUGGGUUUCUCUUGGCCAAAUGGAGCUGAUGAUCGAGCAAAGAAAGGGGAUUCACCACAAAAAGAAUAUGUAAAAUUUAAUGACCCACGUGUAGGUCUUGUGAGCCGUGUCACAAUUGAUGAUUCAUUAGAACAAGAAGCUGUCCCAAUAGAACCAGUCACAGCCAAGUUCUUUGGCAAGCAAGGAGUAACAUUACAGCGUACACAGUUGCCACUACUACCUUGGUGGGCAGCUACUAUACAUGAGGUUCAGGGUCUAUCCCUUGAUGCUGCUGUAAUCGAUCUAGGUCCUAAAGUGUUUGAAGAUGGAAUAGCAUACAUUGCCUUAAGUAGAGUAAGAACACUCCAAGGAGUUGCUGUACUAGGACUAGUUGAAAAGAAAAUCACAUCAUCAACAGUAGCAAAAAUGAUGAAAUGGAUAGACUAA